GCCGACCUUCUGAUUGGCAAGUCCUAGGCUCUGUGGUUUAACCCACAGCACCACCCACGUCCAUUCAUUUUGGUACCGUUGCUUUUUUAUGGAGCUUCUCUCAGCAGCAAGCUCCGUGGGGACGACCCGUCCAGAAUCCUCGUCCACCUGUGCUCUGCGCUGCUGAUGCUCAACCUCACCUUCCUGCUGGACUCCUGGCUGGCCUCUUUCCAGGUGCGCGGCCUCUGCAUCGCCGUGUCCGUGGCUCUCCACUACUUCCUGCUGGCUGCCUUCACCUGGAUGGGCCUGGAGGCCGUCCACAUGUACUAUGCGCUGGUCAGGGUCUUCAACACUUACGUCCCGCAUUACAUGCUCAAGGUUUCCCUGGCUGGCUGGGGAAUUCCUGCGGUCAUCGUUUCCACGGUUCUCAUUAUAAGCAGAGACUUCUAUGGGGUUUUAAGCGCCCCCCUAAGCAGCAGUCCACUCACACCUUUUUGCUGGAUCCGCGAUGACCUUGUGUUUUACAUCUCUGUGCUGGCCUAUUUCUGCUUGGUGUUCCUGAUGAACACCAUCAUGUUCAUCGCGGUCCUUCUGCAGAUUCACACCAUGAAAACGAAGAGUCCUGGCCGAGUCAGCAGCUGGAACCACAGCUUCCUCCACAGCUUGAAGCGGGUGGCCAGCUUAAUGGUCCUGCUCAGCUUAACGUGGGGUUUUGCCUUUUUCUCGCUGGGGUCCAUGCAGACAUUGUUCUCCUACCUCUUUGCCAUUUGCAACACCUUCCAAGGAUUCUUCAUUUUCGUGUUCCACUGUCUCAUGAAGGAGAACGUGAGGAAACAAUGCCGAGUGCAUUUCUGCUUGGGAAAGUUUCGGCUCAGCUGUUCUGAUUCACCCGUCCUUACUGUUGGGUUCUUGCUGCCUUUCCAGGUCUUGGGGCUGUUUGAGGAAGGAGCUGGGGAUUCCCUCGAGGGUGAGCAGAUCCUGCUGGAUUCCAGCCAGACACAGCUGGACAGUGAACUUGAGCAAGAGAACGACCCAGCAGAUGGGAGCGUCUGUGGUAACCUCGAGGGAUCCAGUGAAAACGAGGCUUCCGUGGGAAAUCCAAAGCAAACAGAGAUUGAUGGAGCCUUGCCCAGAAGAGAAAAAUGUGUUUCCCGGCACCACCCAAAACCAGGACAAACUUCCAAGAAAUGGCUCAGGACAAGGAGGAAGCAGGAAUGCAGCCCAGACAAAAGAUCAGGGGCCUCUUUCCUUGGAGGAGACGAUGUCAAGGACAUCCCAGCGAGGCCUGCGUCCGAGAAGGUGGAGCCCUGUGAGGAAGAGGGGGGCAAUUUUGGUGACGAUGCGGACUUCUUAAUCGAUGCUGAGGGCAAGCCCCACAAACGCUCAGAGUUUGAGACGUCCAGUCAGAGAGCUGAGUUUAUGAAGCAUCGCACGGGAGCCCAAGUGGCAAGUGAGAAGAUUUGCUGCUGUUUGAGCUGCGGGAAAAGCUUGCACUCCGAUUUAAGCCCAGCUGAGCAUGAGCAAAGUGACACACAGGAAGAAGAGGCUUGCAGAUGCUCAGACUGCGGGGAAAACCUCGACAGGGGCUUGGCACUUGUUAAGCGCGCAAUAAUCCACGCAGGAGAGAAGCGUUACGCGUGCUUAACCUGCGGGGAAAAGUUUAGCCUCUAUUCGAGCCUCAUGAAACACAAGCGCACCCACGCUGGAGAGGAGAUGUAUGCGCCCUUUGAGGCCGGGAAGCGAAUCUGCCGGAGCGACAGCCCUCCUUCCGUGACAGAGAAAACUCUGGGGGCAGAGAAGCCUUACACAUGCCCCACUUGUGGGAAGAGCUUCAGUAAGAGUUCCGGCCUCCGUUUCCACAAGAGAAUCCACACCGGCGAGCGGCCUUACGCGUGUGGGGAUUGCGGGAAGAGCUUCAGCCAGAGGUCCAACCUUAUCCUGCACCAGAGGACUCACACCGGGGUGAAGCCUUUCCGGUGUUCCGAGUGCGGGAAGAGCUUCCUGCGCAGCUCGGACCUGGUGAGGCACGAAAUCACCCACACGGGAGAGAAGCCGUACACGUGCGCCGAGUGUGGCAGGUCCUUUGGCCACAACUCAACGCUCAUUGCCCACGAGAGGACCCACACGGGCGAGAAGCCGUACAAGUGCUCCAUCUGCGGUAGAAGCUUCCGGCACCACUCGGGCCUUAUCAAACACGAGAGGACCCACACCGGGGAGAGGCCGUACGCCUGCCCAGCUUGCGGGAAAGGCUUCAGCCAGAGCUCAGGCCUCACGCUCCACAUGAGGACCCACACGGGAGAGAAGCCUUACCAGUGUUCGGCUUGCGGGAAGAGCUACAGCCAGAGGUCAAAGCUUACCAAGCACGAGAGAACUCACCUGACAGAAUAACUUUACAUUUUCUCAUUCAGGGGGUCUGGGUGUGAGGUGGGCAGAGGUUGGACCUCAAACCUCUGGUCUGUGGGGUGCUUGCGGGGGGAAACAUCAGUUACCUGUGAGGGCUGCCAAACAGUCGGCUCCGUUAGCAAACCUGAUUGUGGGGGCGUCCCCACAGCAGUGCCAUGUGGCACAUUUUGACCUGUGUCCACGCCAGGUGUCGCCAAACAACACCCACAGGAGACAGUGUGCCCUCCUGUGGCACCUAUGGAAAACUUCAAUAAAUCACCUCUCAAACAUCCACAAGUUGAAAGGGACCCUGCCCUCCCUGCUCAGUUCCUGCCUGCACUGUCUCAGCCCCUCCUACAUUGAAUACGCCUCUUUAUAGCUGCCCACAUUUCAUUAGGUGCCAGGGCUUCAGAGAGAUGUUCUGAAUGGGAGAGAAGAGCAACUACCUUCUCUAUAUAAGUGGUGGCAGAUGUAGGCGCCUGUUUUUUCUUGAGGGGGAAGGUGCAUGCCUGCAUCUUUUUGCGGCCCUGUCUCUUUUUCCUGCUCUUGUGGAU